AUGACCUCUUUUUUUUUCUUUUUACAUGAAGAAUCGUCUUUCACUGGGCAUGAUAAACGGGGGUGUAAUUUAACAAGUAGGAAAAAUAUCUAUCUAUGUCUUACUUGUGGUUCGAGAGAGUGCUGGAUAUGGUGGGGGGGCAGGAUUUUUAAUUUUCUUAUUUUUUUUAAAUCAAUUUUUAUUCAGCUCCCCUUUCUUCCCCCAGAAGGCAAACUUGUUUUCUUUCAACCUUUUAAUACCAAGAAGAAUAAUGUGUCCCGUAUUUACAGGGAAAUAUUGUAUACUGUGCUUUCUUUGCUUGCUUCUCCCUUCUCCAGCAAAUGUCUGUCUGUCACUGAUUAUUUGACAGCUUUUCAGUAUAGCAGCAACAGUAGUUUAACUCUGCAGCAGUUUCUUGGCUUGUGCCCUGCUUUGAUUCAACACCACAACAAAGAACCUUGUGAAGAAAGAAAUGUUGCUAAUAUACCACUUUCAGUAUGGCUGUGGAGUUCCCUAGCAGUGAUAGGCAUCAGUGUUGUUGGUCUACUUGGUGUAAUUGUCAUACCUUUCAUGCAAAAGGUUUUUUACAAUCAUCUCUUACAAUGUUUAGUUGCUGUAGCGAUUGGGGCUCUUACUGGAGAUGCUCUCCUUCAUCUUUUACCUCAUGCUCUAUCAAAGGACCAUACACACCAAGUAUGUCACAAUGAGUUAACUAACCAUAAACAUGACAAAACUUCAAUUUUAAAGGGACUUGUUGGUCUUCUUGGUAUUAUCAUUUUUUUUAUCAUAGAAAGAGUUAUGACUAUUUUCACAUUGAUGCGUACAGACAAAAGAAAGAAGCGAAAGAGAAGCUGUUCUCAAGUGGCUACAAUCUCAGAAGGGGAGACUGACAUUGGAGGUAAAUUGAGCACUCAUCGAAGUCGUAACUCUCACUACCAAUCUUGUGAGGAUGUUGUCAUGAUGGUUCACCCAAACAGAGCUUUAAAAGAUUUGGCUGAAGACAGCCAUGCUGACUUGAUAGAGUGUAGCCACCAGCAGGUUCACCAGUCAGACGAGGAACACACAACAAUGAUGUCACCAUCACAUAACCACACAAACCAUGAUCACUCCCAUUUCUAUCAAUCACAUGGCCACUCACAUUUUCCAUCACCUCUCUUUCUCUCAUAUAUUUUUCUUUUUCUUUUCCAGUUACCAGAAAUUUCAUCUGUUGAAACACGAGAAGGGGAGCAUCCAUUUUUUCAUCUUUUCAUUCAGUGCUUGGGCCUGUUGAUUGGUGCUGGCAUUAUGUGGCUGAUUGCUUACUAUGAACAUGACUUAAUCAAUGCUUUAUAA